UUGAUUAUAGAGAAUAUUACCCGAAAUAUGACUAAAAGAGUUUGAAAAUUUCAAAAUAGGGCUGUCAUGUUUUUAUUCCCAAAAUAGGACUAAUUACUGUCAUAUUUUGGCAGCACCAGACUUCAAACAUGGCAUAUUUUCCAUAUUGCUAUGUUGGGAAAGCAGGUGUGGCGCCUUAUUAAACAGUCGGGGUCGCUUGUUAGUAGAGUUCUUCGUGCUCGAUAUUAUCCCAAGGGUAAUAUUCUGGUUGCGGGGGUAGGGAGUAAUCCCUCCCUUAUUUGGAGGAGUAUAAUUACGGCCAUGCCUACGGUCCAGGAGGGGCUGAUUUGCCGGAUAGGGGAUGGAUCUAGUGUUAGGGUCUGGAAGGAUAAAUGGAUCCCUAGUUCCCUACCAAUAAUGGGGGGCGAGCGGCGAAUGGUAUUAUUAGUGAGCUUGAAGAUAUAAAGGUGGACUCACUAAUAAAUGAGAGUGGUAACGACUGGGAUUAGGAUAUUUUACAUGAUAUUUUUCAGCAGGAAGAUUGCAAAGCUAUCUCGGCCAUACCCUUAAAGGGCUUUCGGGGAGGGGAUGAAUUGAUUUGGGCGGCUGAGAGAAAUGGAAAAUAAUCGGUCCGGAGUUGCUACAGGAAGCUUGCUACAUAUGUGGAGAAUAGGCCGGACUGGACUCGAGUUUGGAAGCUAAACUUACCACCUAAAUUGAAAACUUUUUUCUGGCAGGUUUGCACGGAUUGUCUGCCGUCAAAGGAGCGGCUGAUCCAGCGGCGCGUGCCGGUGUGGCCGAUAUGUACCGUAUGCGGACAAGAAAGGGAGAGCAUGAUGCAUGUUUUCCGGGAUUGUGCUUUAGCAAGAGAAGUUUGGAGGAGCCGAAACCAAAUCUUUUUGCAAGUAGGGGCUGCCUGCUUUGGAGAAUGGGCCAACAAGGUUAGUAGUAAAUGCUCUAACAAAGAUUUUGAGAUGUUUGUGGUGAUAUGUUGGAGCCUGUGGAAAUCAAGAAAUGAUAAAACUUGGAAGAAUAUCACCUCCAACUGGAGGGGCGUAGUAGCCCGGGGCUAAGCCUUGGUGUCUGGUUGGCAGGAGGCACGACUUCAUAUGUGCAGUAGGCCGAUAACAGCUCCUGGCAGUACAGGGGGUCGGGCAGGAGAUAUGGAGCUGGACAAAUGGCAACCACCGAUGGCGGGAGUUGUGAAGAUUAAUGUGGAUGCAAGGGCUCAUAUGCAAGAUGAUUGGCGGGGAAUGGAGCUGGUUGCAAGAGAUGAACGAGGCUCUUUUAUUGCAGGAAGAAGUAUAUGGGUGCGGGGAAGGUUUGCGGCUAGUACAACGGAAGCUCUAGCAGUUCGAGAGGCUGUUAUUUGGGCAGGACAGGCCGGGUGGUCAAGUGUGUUUGUUGAAUCCGAUGCUCUCUCAGUGGUCCAGGGGAUUGCAACUUCGGAUGGUAUUGCUUACGAGGAUAGCAUUUUUGCUAAGAUUAGACAUAUGAUAGCUAGUUUUGCUAAUUUAAGUGUCCAUUUUGUGAAGCGAUCAGCGAAUCGGGUUGCUCAUACUUUGGCUCAGCGGGCCGAUUCGGAGUCUGAUUGUUUAUGGGUGGGAACUCCACCGGAUUGUAUUGUGAACUUGCUUCGGUUUGAUUGCUAAAUAUAUGUUAUUUGAUUUUCAAAAAAAUUACUCCUAUUUUAGGAAUAAAAACAUGGCAGUCCUAUUUUGGAAUUUUCAAACUCUAUUAGUCUAAUUUUGGGAACUUUCCCUUGAAUAUAUAACAAUAAUAUUUUUUUAAAAAAAUUGAUGCCCCACAAUAUCUCAGUGCCCUAGGCAUUUGCCUAGGUGCCCCCCCAUAGCCGGUCUUUGUACCUUUUUAUUAAAAAAAAGUGAAUUUAGUCAUCUAACUUUUAAGUGAAUCGAUCAAGUUUACGAAGUGCUAAAAACAAUUCUUGAUUACACACUUUAUUGUUGUACACACUUGUGCACACGCCUGUGAAGACUUUCUUUUGUCUGUCACAGACAAAACACGUUUUGUUAGUGAAAGACAAAAGAAAGCAUUCACAUAUGUGUGUACAACAAUACUAAUGUGUACAAAAGAUUUUUCUGCUGUACUAAAGUGAAACACAUAUGUGAUCGUUUGAUUUCCCAGUUGAUGGUCUACGUGGAUGUCUAACUGACAUUUUUUACUAUUUAUUUAUAAUUUUUCCUUUUCUUUUCCCUUUUCCCUUUUCUUUCUUAUUUCCUUUCUUUCUUUCUUCCAUUCUUUCUCUUUCCUCCAUUCCUUCAUUUAUACCUCCCCCUUCAUAUGAACCGCCUAUGUGGACUCCACCUUGGACCAUCUCCUCAAGAGUGACCUCUGCCACCUAGCCUACAUGCCUCAACACCCACAUGCCCCUUGCCGCCCAAGCUCCAUAACCACAACCUUUGUGGCCUUGUGCCAUCCACAGUGAUCCACCUUAGCUACCCUUACCUCCUUAACCAUUGCCUCAAUGACCUCCAUCACCACCUCUUGCUUGCGCUAAUUACAACAUGAAUUUUGACUUGUCGGCUCCACUGUCAAACACGGCUGGGAUUCAUCCUCAACAUUUUGUCGGAACAAUGUUGCCAAUUUCUAUCUUUGUUCUCAUGAGGAAUAACAACAAGCAUCGGCAAGAGUUUGUGGAGGUCAAGGUGGGUCUCGAUGAUAAUUUUGUCAUUCUCUUAACGCGAAUAGAGUGAAACCAGCAAUGGGCGUGAUAAAUUUGUAUAUUACGAAUGCACUUAAUAUAUUACCUAUGUCUCAAUGGGCGUGUCAUUCUCACUUAAUAUGUUAAUAUGUCUAUGUUGAGAAAAGAGAAUGCCAUUGCACAUUUUAGUUAAAAAUGCCAUGUUUUAGUCCUAUUAAACAUGUCAUUUUUCUCAACAAGACAUAUUAA